AUGCUCAAUUUCCCUCUUCUAAAGGCAGUGAGUAAAAGAAUAGAUGUUGUUUGUAGAACCUUUGUGUGGACAGGUAAAACUGACGCGAGUAAAAAGAGCCCAGUAGCUUGGAGCAAAGUUUGCAGCCCCAGUAAGCAAGGAGGCCUAGGGCUGAAAAACCUGGUUGUAUGGAACCAAGUUACAUUGCUUAAAUGCCUCUGGAAUAUCUGCAACAAAGGUGAUAGCCUAUGGGUCAAGUGGAUUCAUAAGGUUUACCUGAAAGGUCGGGAUGUCAUGGACGUAGAUGUUGGGCAGAAUUGGACUUUGACCAUGAGGAAAAUUAUGAAUCAUAAGAGUUUGAUAACCACAAUUCAUCAUCAGUGGAAUCAAAUGCUCAUGAAGAAGAAUUUUUCUAUGAAAUCUGUUUAUAAGUUGUUGAUUGAUGAUUCAAGCAGGAUAAACUAG